AUGAGCCAAGCUGAAAACUCAGACAAAGCAAAUCAACCACAAGAAAUGGAUGGUCAAAGCCAACAUGAUGAGCCCAAGGACUCUUUAGACCAGCAUAUGCCGAUUGAGGAGCAGGAAAAAGCUGAUCCAAUGCAAACUCCUAAGAGGCAGACAAAUGAGGAAUACAUGAGGACGAUGGAGCAUAAAAAUGUGUACGAGAAAUCCCCUGGAGGGACCACUGUCCCAAAAUAUGCCAAAACUCAGGGAAGUUUCCAUCCACGCAACACUCUUCACAAUAGGAGCACCGAGAGGGGAGGGCCUGGUUCUCAUCGCUUUAGUAAGCUAUCCUCAGGAUGGAAUGAUAGAUUCCAUAUGUCACCAUCUACGCACAACAAGAAGGCACAUACUUUCUAUAAGGAGUUCUUUAGCAAACCUUCGAGAAGCACUGAGCCAAACGUCUUGAAGCCAAAGAAAUUCGUAGACCCUUACCUGACCAACGAACAGAAGUCUCGGAUUCCAAGAUACUCCAAAGUAUACAAAGAAAGGGACUUCCAAGGGGAGCUAAACUGGGUUGACAACUUCUCUGUCACAUCCUCAAAGAACAACCUACAGGUGCACAAUGCCUACAAGGAAUACUUUGACAAGCCGGUUGGUUACAAAGGGCACAUCACAGUUGCAACUAAAUAAAGGUGUAGGAGAUAUUGGAGGUGCUCACAAUAUUUCUACCCACAAGCCGACUGCUACCCGCCACAUUCUGCAACAGGAUUACAGCAACAAGUACACAAUUCACAAAGAUGUGGGAAAAUCGAUAGAACACAACGGAAUGAUUCCAUUCUUGAGGGAUCACCACGAGAAGUACACUCUAGGAAAACAUUCCCUGAAACAAGCCAAGAGACCUAGGAACAGAUCUGAAGCAAAGAAAGUCCUUGAAAAGGAGAAAGGAUGGAAUAGUGUGGGCUUCCCCAUCUCCUUCCAUAACGAGAAGAACUUCUACAAGAUCAGAUUCGAAGAUAUUUAGUAGCUUAUCAUGAUUGAUAUGUUUCUAUAGA